UCACCAUAUGUUUUGUCUCGGUAAAAAAUUAUUUCCAGUUAUUCUCCGGAAAACAUGUUUGAUAUUGCAAUUGACGUUGGUCGUUAUUCAGAAUUUAUACCUUGGUGUAACCAAUCAACUGUUUUGGAACAAGGUGAAAAUAACAUGCUAGCUUGUCUGGGUGUUGGAUUUCCUCCACUUAGUGAAUCAUACAUGUCUCGAAUAACAUUUCAGCGACCGAAACACUUAAAGUCUGUCGCACAAAAUGCUGGAAUGUUUCAUCAUUUAAUUAAUGAAUGGCAUUUUCAUCCAGGUCUCCCAGAGAAUCCGAAUUCUUGUUUUGUAGAGUUUUCCGUUGAUUUCGAGUUUCGUUCUCCUAUUUAUUCAAAAAUUGCUGGAUUAUUUUUUGAUCAAGUUGUCACUGUUAUGGUAAAUGCUUUUAUGGAUCGUGCUAAAAUGUCAAUGAAUUCAAAUCUAUGCGUAGUAACACAAAAAAUUGGACGUUUUUUACUUAUCGGUUUAAAUAGACCAGAGAAAGGUAAUUUAAUAAAUCAAACAACUGCUUCAAUGUUAAAUGAUAUAUUAUACAACCAAUUUGAUAAAGAUGAUAAUAUUAUUGGAGGUGUAUUAUAUGGUGAAGGAAAAGAUUUUUGUUUGGGUUUGGAUAUGGAAGAAUUAACGGAUUAUAUAAAACAAAAUCCAACUUGUGAUAAUACAUCAUUGAAUAGACUUUAUUCAUGUUUAUCUAUAGAUUCUACUAAAUUGACAUUUUCAAAGCCGCUUAUUGCAGCAAUUGCUGGAAAAGCUAUCGGUGCUGGUUUAGAACUAACAUUAGCAUGUGAUUUACGUGUUGCCGAGAUUGAUUCCAUAUUGAGUUUACAUAAACGAAAACAUUGUAUACCAAUGAUGAAUAUGGGUACAAUACGUUUACCAGGAUUAAUAGGUUUGUCUCGUUCUCUUGACAUGAUACUAACUGGACGUGAAUUGCAUGCUAAUGAAGCCUUGGAAUUUGGAUUAGUUAAUCGUGUUACUCCAACUGGAACUGCUAUUGGUGUUUCAGUGAAAAUGAUUGAUGCUAUAUAUCGACUACCUGGAUUAUCCGCUUUAUACGCUGACAGAUCUAAUGUAAUACGAGCUAGUCAAUAUUCCAUGAAUUCAGAAUUGGCAAAAAUGGAGUAUAAUGAAGCUUUAAAUGCAUUUAAAAAUGAAGGAAUCAAUGUAAUUAAUGAAAAACUAUCGGAUCAACCAACGACGGAACGUGAAUGUAAUGGAAAGUGAACAACAUAAUUGAAUGUUUCUUGUUAUAUUACAAUUUACUUUUAUAGGGAUGUUUGUUUUAUAAUAAGAUCUAUAUAUAUACAUAUAAUUCAUAAUGUAUAGUGUUUAUUUUAGUUAAAUAUAUUCUAAAAUAAAUGGCGGCCUAUUCAAAUUUUCCGCCACUUAUUUUCAACUCUACAAAUAUUAUAAUUAAGCUACCUAUUUCAUACAUGUUUGAAAUGAUGAAUUAUUAAAGUUUACUAUCUGUAGUUAUGCGUUAUUAUAAAACGAUUACAAUGAAUUACGAUAUUAAAUACAGGAAAACUUAUUGUUAUA